UAAAGCCACAGCGACCCUUUUUAAAUCAAUGCAUCGCUGCUAGAUUCACGGGUUUUUAAAACCAGUUUGCGGAUAUUUGGACACUUCACUGCUGAGGAAUAGACGAUACACUCGUGGAAUGCUGGAGUAUACGACCGCAGAUAGUUUUACUAAACUUGCAGUAUAAAGGGACAACGCAACCUUCCACGGAGACUGAUACGAUCUGGCUCGGAUUUCUUCAUACUUCGCAAAAUGUUUGAAACGGAAGGAAGAAGCAUGUCGCGCCUGUCGCUGACCCGGUCUCCAGUCUCUCCGCUGGCCUCUCAGGGAAUCCCUCUGCCGGCUCAGCUGACUAAAGCAAACGCUCCGGUUCACAUCGACGUCGGAGGGCACAUGUACACCAGCAGCCUGGCCACGCUCACCAAAUACCCAGACUCAAGAAUCAGCCGUCUGUUCAACGGUACAGAGCCUAUCGUGUUGGACAGCUUGAAGCAGCACUAUUUCAUUGAUCGGGAUGGAGAGAUAUUCCGCUACAUUCUCAGCUUCCUCCGGACCUGCAAACUACUCCUCCCAGACGACUUCAAGGACUUCCACCUCCUUUACGAGGAGGCGCGGUACUACCAGCUGACGCCCAUGAUCAAGGAGCUGGAGCGCUGGAAGCAGGAGCGGGAGCAGAGGAAGCUGUCGCAGCCCUGCGACUGCCUGGUGGUGCGCGUCACGCCCGACCUGGGCGAGAGGAUCGCGUUGAGCGGAGAGAAGGUCCUGAUCGAGGAGAUCUUCCCUGAGACCGGAGACGUCAUGUGCAACUCGGUCAACGCCGGCUGGAACCAGGACCCCACGCACGUCAUCCGCUUCCCCCUGAACGGGUACUGCAGGCUCAACUCCGUGCAGGUCCUGGAGCGGCUCUUCCUGAAGGGCUUCAGUGUGGCGGCGUCGUGCGGCGGCGGAGUGGACUCCUCCCAGUUCAGCGAGUACGUCCUGUGCCGCGAGGACCGGCGGUGUCAGCCAAUCAACACCUCUAUCAGGAUAAAGCAGGAGCCCCUGGACUAGAGCAUGCUGGGAGAGAGAUGGACACUCCUACAGAACAACAACCCCCCCCCCCCCCACCCCCCCUACCCUUCUCCCAAAAAAAACAAACAGACCAACAAGCAACAAAGCAUUAGCAGUCCAGUCCAGUUCAUGUCACUGACUCUGUGGAACACAGUGGUCCAAUGGGAAUGUCAUUUUCAGCAAGUCCGGGGAAGAAAACAAAAAAAAAAGAAAGAAAGAAAAGAAAAAAUGCUUUCACUCUGUCAAGAAUACCCAAAGAAGUCUAAACAAAGGGACUGUGAAGAAAAAAAAAAACCUGAACCAUUUCAACUUUUACAGAAGCUCUGGUCCUCUUAUUUUGUUUGGUGGAGCUGUGAGCCUGCGUAGCAGGGUGGGCCCAGAGGGCCGUGUGUCUUUCACGCGAGCGCGCCCUGGCGUGUCGUCUGGUCCCGUCUCUGUAAACCCCGUGUGUUAUGUGUGGCGAGGUGGCUGAACGAGGAGAGCGCUUGUGUGCAGACACCCGGCCUUCCUCCUGCGGGAGCACCUGGUGCAGGGCAGCCUCGGAGAGGAAACCCUGUCCAGCUAACAGGUCAUUUCCACACUGAGAGAAUGAAUGGGCCUUAUGUCAAACGAUCACCUUCAGCUUCUCUCUUCUCUGUGCUGAAUGCCAAAUCCAGUUUUAUUCCACUGGUGUGUGUGCAUGGAUGUCCGUGUAUGUAUCACACAAAUGUUUGUAUACGUGUGUAUAUACACACGCACACACACAUACACACACACGCUAAGUAUUUUAAUCUUUUUGCUCUAUUUUGCAGCUAUGAUUUUUUUAUGAUUUAUAGGUUUAUUUUUAUUUUCUAUAUGAAGGAUUUGUGAAACUUGUUUUUGAAAAGUAAUUUGGUUUGAAAGCAUAAGUAGAAGCCACUUGGCACUGGCUGUACAAACACUAUUAUGUCUGGAGGCUACGUGGCUAAAGCAGUAUAGCUGCUAAUGCAUUCAGAACCAGAGAAGGCCUCACUGUUGUAACAGGGCUGCAGGGAAACAUGGGUAUUUGUAAGAGCUUUUCUGAUCACAUUUCUAAAUCUUCCGCCCAAGAAUAUGUAGCUAAUACACACAUGAAGAGCACAACCUUCCUCUUCAGGACUAGCAUGUUCACAUGAUUAGCCUUAAAACAUAUCCCUUGUGCUAAUCUGACAAGCACACACAAGAUAGAAAUUUAAUAAUGAUUCAUAUUAUCAAAACAGGUUGAAUAAAUGCCGUUAUUGAGACCACAAACUUGAACAUCGUUUAUGUAUAUUACGUGGUAGUGAUUGAAAUUUGACUGUAAAAUUCUACAGUGUAGAAUUGUUCACGAGGGCCUUGCUGCAUUGGCCAGCCCGUGGCAGAACAAAGCCCUGGUGUUCCCGGCGUGUUGGGGCCCGGUUCAUGACCUAGGAGCCGACAUCAAACACGGCAGUAAGGGGAUCCCUGUGUGAUCUCUGUGCUGCACUUCUUUCUUUUGCACUUAAAACGCCUCCACUCCACUCCCAUCUCUGGGACGAGGACUCGCUCUUGGAGUGAUCAUUGGCAUCCGUCACUGAGACCAAGCCUUGGGCCAUUUCUUGUUCUGCCCCUGCCCCAAGGCAGUCAAGACUGAAGCAGCCCAUUGUACCAUUGAACCAGGCUAAGGGUUCUCUUGGGAAAGUUGGGCCAAUAAGCACUCCAUAGGCUGCCACUGGACAUAACCCACCUGGGACUAAGGUCACCUUUCCCAGAAUCGUCUCAGAAGGUAUCAUCUGGUGACCAGAAGAGCAGAAGCAGUUAAUACGGUGUCUGACAUUACGACAUGUGGAGUUACAGAUGCUGGGAUGAUAUUAAUUCACCAGCCAUGUGGAACCAUUGAAAUUUUGAUUGUAUCUAGUUUUACCGUAUGUAACAGCUCUCGAAGUCAGAAGAGGAACAUUACGAGAGCUACCAUAUAGGUGUAAUGUUAGGAGGUGUAUAACACACAACUUAGUUACUUUGAACAGUACAGUUACUGGGGGGUAAGUUGGUUCACUGGUUUAUUUUUCUCAAUAGUUCUAGAUGAAAGGGAUAAACAAGAAAGGCCAAGUUACUCAAACUUUCUAUGCGUGUAACUUAUAGAUGCUGUACUUAUUUUCUUGCCAAAAGAUUGAUCAAAAAGAAGUCCAUUUUGAUCUCUGAGGGCAAAGCCAGUUAAUCUGACUCUGAAGGGAAACGUUCCCUCCUGGGGAUUUUAUAAUUACGUUCAAUCAUGAAAAGGAGUGAAAACGGGUGGCUAAAGUAACCUUCGCUUGGCUGUAAAGUAUCUUUGGUGUGUUUGUUCACUGAUUAAAUAGCCACACACGUGCGCUGGGAGGCAGGGGCAGAGGAGCCCCCCAGCCAGGCUCUGAUGUAGCGGGGGAUCCCGGGUUAAGCUCUGCUUUGUUCUGGCCCGCUUCUGGACAUCACGGGGCUGGGUCCCAGCAUCCAGUCCCCACAAAGUGAAUUAGCAAACACCCCCUUUCAUGUGCUGGGGGAGGCGGGGGGCGGGGGGGCUGCAGCCCGCCUGGUUCCCUGCACGUCCCGCGGGCUCCAGAGUCCUGCGGUGCCCGUGGAGAAGCAGGCCCCUCGCCCUGCCGCUUCCCGACGCAGCCAAUCACAUUUUGAGCACGUGACAGGUCGUGGGGGGUUUUAAACUUUCUCAGCGGAAGGUGAAUGAACCCCCUACAUCUCAUUGUGAAAUCAUCCCGUAAGUGUCUAAAAACUCACUAGCAGUCGGCCUCAACCAAUGAGAGCACUCGCGGUAUUUACUGUAAUCCCAUUUCAUGGUGGUGGACACCUCGACGACUCCCCACAUUAAAAAAAACAGAACUGUAAGUCCAUAGGCUCCAAAACAUAGCAGACAUACACAGAAACAAACUGUCCAAUACCCAGGCUGCUUGUAACAUCCUGCACCAAUGUGCAGAGCUGUAUAUUAUGCGUUUUGUUAAGAAAGAACACCAACAAUGGGAAGAACUGUCAUGUUUGUCGGUAACACAAUGAUACUUGCACCCAACGAAUUCAGUCCAAUUGAACGGAUAACCCAGGAGGGCAAGUGGUCUCUGUAUGCCAUUUAGUCUAAAGAUGACUCACCUUGUAUAAUUAUUUGUAUAUUGAAAUGUAUUUGGACUCCUGGUUUGAGUGUCUGUUUUGUUAAAAAAAAAGAAAAAAAGAAAAGAAUAAUAACAAGAACCUCAAAGUUCUGUUGUAAUUUUCCUGGAAAAGACAAAACUAUCAGGAAUUAAAAUUUGCAAGCAAUAUGUUGUGUACAUACGGAUUUUUUAAAAAUCAUUUCAAAAGGAACACUACGGUGCAAAUGUACAUUAUUUAAACAAAAUGUUUUAAUAACUAGACUAGUAUUAAAGGGCAUGUGUUCAUUUGCAGUGUUUCCAUCGUUUGAUUUUAUUUGCAUAUUUGCGUUAAUAAAAGGAUGGACUGUUUAUUUAA